AUGACAGGAAACCUGUCUGCAGACCCUUUACAGAACGGCUCCGUCUCAUCCCUCCUGAACUCGUCUGCUCCAGCAUCUCCUCCGCCCUGGGAGGCUCCAUCCUUCACUGUGGCGGCCCGCUGCCGUGUAGCAGCCACGCUGGUGUUGUUUGUCUUUGCCGUGGGCAGUAAUCUGUCAGUCCUGAUCAGUGUGUGCUGGGGGCGGGGUUAUCGUCUGGCGGCACACCUGCGCCCGCUCAUCGCCAGCUUGGCAUCAGCUGAUCUGGUGAUGACUUUUGUGGUGAUGCCACUGGAUGCCAUUUGGAACAUUACGGUGCAGUGGUACGCUGGGGAUAUCAUGUGUAAGCUGCUGUGUUUCCUCAAACUCUUUGCCAUGCACUCAGCAGCAUUUAUACUGGUGGUGGUAAGUCUGGACCGCUAUCGGGCCAUCCUUCAUCCUCUGGAUUCUCUUGAUGCUGGGCUCAGGAACAGACGGAUGCUGCUGGUGGCCUGGACUCUCAGCCUACUGCUGGCAUCUCCACAGCUGUUCAUCUUUCGGGCCAUUAAAGCUGAAGGAGUGGACUUCACUCAGUGUGUGACCCACGGAAGUUUCCGGUAUCUCUGGCAGGAGACGGCAUACAACAUGUUUCACUUUGUGACGCUGUAUGUCUUCCCCCUGCUUGUCAUGACUUUCUGCUACACCCGCAUCCUCACCAAGAUCAAUGGCCAGAUGCACAAGAGCAAAGAUGGAGAGCACUGCCUGAGACGCAGUGGCACAGACAUGAUACCCAAAGCCCGAAUGAAGACCCUCAAGAUGACCAUUGUGAUUGUAAGCUCCUUUGUUAUCUGUUGGACACCCUAUUACCUCCUGGGGAUCUGGUACUGGUUCCAACCAGCCAUGAUCCAGCACACACCUGAGUACGUGCACCACAUACUGUUUGUCUUUGGCAACCUGAACACGUGCUGUGACCCGGUCAUCUACGGCUUCUACACGCCGUCUUUCCGGGCCGACCUUGCCGAUGUGGUGGCAUGCUGCCGUGGUCGCCAAACCAACAACGCCUCGCCUCGCUCUGUGGAUCAUCUAUCAGCUCGAAGUGCUGGAGCUGCUGUGGAGAUGGAGUCUGAUCUGAGCUCCAACCAGCACAGUGGGAACCCCAGUUAA